AUGCACGGGAGUCCCACUCCUCGCGGUACUCCCUCUCGCCGAGGCAGAUCUCCUCGCGCCCCAGCUGCCUCUCCGUCGUCUCCCACAAUUACACCAGAUUUUUCUAUCAGACCCGCCGCCACUUUCACAACAUGUUUGUCCAUCCCCGUCGAGGGUGCUCUUCCGAUCGAACGACCCGAGCCUCCUGCUCCCACAGCAGCAGCCGACUCUUCCGCUCACCCUUCCUCCAACGAAUCCAAGAGAGCUCCCAGAAAAUCUAAGAUGGAUGCCCUUGUGGCCCUCCACAAUCACGCUCAGUCCUCGUUGGGCCAGGAGGACCUCAACGACACCAUCAACGACGACGCCGGGAUCCGCGUCCAACUGCAUGAUGGUCCUCCCAUCGCUGUCUCACCUCGUUUGGACCUGUCAUCUGUCAAGACGCCCAAACCCGGAAGCGAAGCCUCCGAGCCGUCGCAGCGGCCGUUUGGACUGACCAACUGCCCCACAUUUCGCCCCACCCCGGAGCAAUUCAAGGACCCCUUGGCUUACAUUCGCUCCAUAUCCGACGAAGGAAAGCAGUACGGGAUCUGCAAAAUUGUGCCGCCCGUCGGAUGGAACAUGCCUUUUGUCACUGAUACCGAGAAAUUUCGGUUCAAGACACGCCUUCAGCGCCUGAAUUCGAUUGAGGCAUCGUCGCGAGCAAAGGUCAAUUUCCUCGAGCAGCUCUAUCGCUUCCACAAACAACAAGGAAAUCCGCGAGUUUCGGUCCCUACAAUCAACCACAAGCCGCUCGAUCUUUGGUUGCUUCGCAAAGAGGUGCACAAAUUGGGUGGUUAUGACACGGUGACCAGAACCAAGAAAUGGGCGGACCUCGGUCGGCUUCUAGGAUAUGGAGGUAUCCCUGGCCUCUCGACGCAAAUGAGAAAUUCCUAUGCUCGUGUUAUCUUGCCGUUCGAGCAGUUUUCCGACCGAGCCGGAAGACCUUCUGCCUCGGGCUCGGCAUCGGUUGCAGGAGAUGAGAGCCCGCCGUCGAGUCCUUUGACAAUGACAUCCAGCCCGUUGUCGGAACCCCCUGAUGAGGGUGACUACAAGGAUCAUGCCGCAGAUAGGCCAAGCAUGGCUAGACCGCGCAGAAGUGCCAGACAUAGCUCUCAGGAGCAUACAACGCCGGUUCGUAAAGCCUCAAAUGCGAAUGAAGGAGUACCUUCAGGGUCCCAUGGCCCGAAAGCUGCCGCUGGCUCUUCCCAGACCCCGACCGAGCCUCAUUGCGAAGUUUGUCAUAAGAAAGAUCGUGGAGAAGAAAUGUUAUUAUGCGAUGGCUGCGACUGUGGAUUCCACAUGUUCUGUCUCGAUCCUCCUCUCUCCUCCAUUCCCAAGGGCCAGUGGUUCUGCCACACAUGUCUUUUUGGAACAGGAGGAGACUUUGGGUUCGAUGAAGGCGAGGAACACAGUCUCUCCAGUUUCCAAGCCCGAGACCUUGAGUUCCGGCGACUAUGGUUUAAGUCGCACCCUGUUUCAUCAUCUACCGAGGAGGAUGACAAGAUGAAUGUGGACGAGGACUCGCCCUCGAAGAAGAAUGUCAGCGACCCCAAUGUCAACCGUAUCGGCGACGUUGUCGUCUCCGAGACUGAUGUGGAGAACGAAUUUUGGAGGCUCGUUCAGUCGCCGCUGGAGACUGUUGAAGUUGAGUAUGGUGCUGAUGUACACUCAACUACUCACGGAAGUGGCAUGCCAACGCUGGAGACCCAUCCGUUGGAUCCAUACUCCAAGGACCCAUGGAAUUUGAAUAAUAUCCCGAUAUUACCUGACUCUUUGCUCCGUUAUAUCAAGUCAGAUAUCUCGGGUAUGACUGUGCCCUGGACGUAUGUAGGCAUGGUGUUCUCGACGUUUUGCUGGCAUAACGAGGAUCACUACACCUACAGUAUUAAUUACAUGCAUUGGGGCGAGACGAAGACGUGGUACAGCAUCCGUGGAGCAGAUGCUGAUAAGUUCGAGGCUGCAAUCAAGCGGGAGGCCCCUGAUCUCUUCGAGGCUCAGCCUGAUCUUUUGUUCCAACUCGUCACAUUGAUGAAUCCGAACAGGUUGAAGGAAGCUGGGUUGGACGUGUACGCCUGUAAUCAGAGGGCGGGCGAGUUUGUCAUCACCUUCCCGAGGGCUUACCAUGCAGGCUUCAAUCACGGACUGAACUUCAACGAAGCUGUCAACUUCGCUCUACCUGAUUGGUUGCCUCUUGGGUUGGACUGCAUGAAGCGGUAUCAAGAGCACAGGAAACUACCCGUGUUCUCCCAUGACGAGCUGCUCAUCACAAUCACGCAGCAAUCGCAGACCAUUCAGACCGCCUUGUGGUUGAAUGAGAGUUUGCAGGAGAUGACCGAACGCGAAAUGAGUAUUCGAGCCAGAGCCCGAUCUCUCCAGAUGAACGAAGUGCUUGAAGAAACCGAUCGGGCCGAAGAACAGUAUCAAUGCACCAUCUGCAAAAUGUUCUGUUACCUAUCGCAGAUCACGUGUUCGUGCACGACGAAGGUUGUAUGCAUCGACCAUGUCGACUCCCUCUGCAAGUGUGCUCGCACCAGCAAGAUUCUGCGGAAGCGUUUCGAGGACACGGAGUUGCAGGAUAUACAAGCGAAAGUUUCCGAGCGUGCCGCCGUUCCCUCCGCCUGGCGAGGCAAGCUCAACAAACUUCUUUCAGAGAGCGCCCGUCCACCUCUCCGAAGCCUGCGCGCGCUCGUUGCAGAAGGGGAGCGCAUCAAUUACCCGCUGUCCGAGCUUCACGCUCUACGCAAAUGUGUCACUCGGGCCAACGAAUGGGUUGAUUUGGCAAACGUGUUCCUCGUUCGCAAGCCGAGCAGGAAACGUGCACGCAAGUCUAAAGGGCGCGCCUCCGAGGGUUUGAUAGAUGAUACCGGAGACAAGCCUGAGCGCACGUUAGACGAUCUCUAUACGGCUCUGAAAGAGGUGGACACUUUAGGAUUCGACUGUCCGGAGAUAGGAUUUUUGAAGAAUCUCACCAACGAAGCGGAGGAGACGAGGAACAAAGCUCGCACUCUUCUGAGCUCGUCUUCUGGCCCUCGCGAUCGCCAGGAAUACGUGCAAGAAUGUGAACGCCUCCUGCUUCAAGGUUCAUCCAUCAAUGUGCUCGUGGACGAGUUGCUGGAGGUGGAGAAGAUCGUCCUGCGCGAGCAGCUCAUCAAGGAGCUGGAUGAAGUCCUGGAUACCGAGGUGGUGACCUUGGAGGAGAUCAGACAAUACAUGGCACGCGCUCAAGCCUGUGACCUGUCGACCAAUCGUGCCUACAUGUCUUCUCUCGAGAAAUUGUUGCAUACCGGAGAGGCCUGGGAGGGGCGCGUCAAAGCGGUGCUCACGAAGCCUCAGCGUACGUUGGAUGAACUCGAUGAGGUUAUCAAGGCCAGGAACAUGUACGACGGUCAGGUUGGCCGUGAUAGCGUGCCCGCAGAUCCGGAACUGGUGGAUCGCCUUAUGUCUACUCGCACUCGUGCUCAGGAAUACGAGAGGCAGGCGAAGGCAUGGUUAAUACCCGAGCCUGGUGCUCCAAAGCCGAAAGUGCAGGAGGUGUCUAAGUUGGUCGGCCGCGGGGAGAAGGAAUUUAACAUACAAGCCAUACAAGAUUUGAAGAGGACAGUUGACUUUGCGCUUGAUCUGGAGGCGCGGUGCGACGCGGUGUUGAAGAAUCGCUACCAGCACAACGAGGAAACUGACAUCUUUGUCACGAUGCUCCAGUGGCGUAACUAUGCCAAGGAACACCUCACCAUGUUCAUCUUGCCUAACUUUGACAAGCUUGACAAACAGAUUGCUCUCCAUUAUCGGUGGUUGGAGGGCCUACCAUGGUUCUGCCGACAGCACCAAGAAGCUCACGGUCAGCCCAUACUGGACGAUGUGGUCGAGUCUACUCGACCGGAAGACGAUCUUCCUCCUAAUGAUGAAUACUUCACUUGCAUCUGCACGACUCCUGUUCGUCCUCCUGCUGCCGGAACUGUCUCCGACGCCGUUCAGUGUGAUCACUGUUAUGCAAGAUUCCAUGGUGUCUGUGCUGCGAAUGGUGGAUCGUGCCCAUUCUGCGAUCAUCAUCAUUGGAACGGUACAAUUCACAAGGAACGAAGCUGGCAUUUCUGCUAUCUUCCGACGAUACUCCUGCACGCCCCGGAUAUAACCAAGAACUACUCGGAGGAUUGGAAGCAAUUGGAAAUUAUAGUCCAUCGAGUGGACAGACUCUCAGCUGCAAUCGGACAGUUCUUGUCCUUUGCUUCCCAACCUGCUAAUCAGAGGCCGGAGUACAUUCCGCAGGUUAGGCACUAUAUGCGCAAAUUGUACAAGAUUCAGUUCGCAGUCUCCCCCAAUCCCGAGGUCUCUUUCGGCCUGGAUCUUGCAGGCCUGCACCGCAUCUUGGCCGGUCAACCUGCACCUGUCCGUGUGAAGAAAAGGCGUCGCCCGAAGUUUACGUUUGGUCAAGAUAUCGAUAAGGAUUGGAUGGAUAGCACCCGAUGCAUUUGCAGAGGUCGGACCAACUACUUGCUGAACUAUCCUACAGUUGAAUGCGAGCUAUGCGGCAAGUUCUACCAUGCUGGUUGUGUUUUCUUCCCUAUGGACCCGUCGUCGGGAGUGCGCAAUCGCUUUAUGUGCCCGCUCUGCUGUCUGCGGAAAAAUAGGGCUUAUCCGUAUUCAGAAGUCCGCGUCAAACACAUUGAUAACCCUGAACCCGAUACUUACGUCGACACCAAGGAGAUGCUAGACACGUUCAGCAAGGAGAUCAUCUACAUGAAGCUGCCGCCCCCGUAUACGCAGACUCUCUUCGUUGAGCUCAUUCGCUUUACCCCAGGGCAGCCAGACAACGUUUCUGGGAACGGGGCAGGUCCUCGCAAUGCAGGGCCCAGUAGUCCGCACGGGCUUAUCGGCAACGGUAGUUCACCCCACCCUCGAGCUAUCCAGCCCCCGCCUCCUCAUCCGCAUCACUCGUCGCAUGCUCCUAAUCCCUCUCCACUGGCCAUCCCUUUCGAUGCCGGACGCGCCUCUGGAUCGUCUCAUCACGUUCCUCCACCUCCACCAUGGGCUAGUCGAUGGAGCAAUGCCGCCGUUGCUGCAGCUCCGCCCAUGGCCAGGUCUCAUCCCGAGCAGUUGAGGUCACCCCUCGCUACUCCGCCGCAGGCUUCUAGGAAGCGCAAAUAUCCUGAAGAGGCUCCUCCGCCGCCUGAUGAUCGCUUUGGCCCUAUCCCCGGUGUCUCGUCCGGAAUACCUUCACCGAAGCGACGUCAGACGUCGCAUACUCCACAGCCGGCACCACGUACGAGCCAGGGCUUGUCUCCAUCCCUGGCGAUGAUGCUCUCGCCUUCACCAAACGAUGUUAGAUCCCCGACGCACCAACCGUACUCUGGUCGUGGCAUUGGCCAUGGUUCGUCGAGCAGGAUGCCCGAUGAUGGUUUACCAUCGGAUCGUCGACUACGUUAA